AUGUUCAACACCCUCAUCUUCACUGAUGGUUCCAAAAUGGACCACAAUGUGGGAUGCGCGUUUGUUACGUUUCAAGGCCAGGAGCAAGUCACGCAAUGGAAGGGCCAUCUUCAUGGAAACAACAGCGUCUUUCAAGGGGAGGCAGUUGCUAUCCAGAAAGCAGCACAAUAUAUUGCCAGCAACAACAUCAGAAAAGCUGUUAUAGUAUCCGAUAGUAUGUCAGCUCUGAGAGCCUUGCAAAAUCCGGCACACUCCUCCUCAAUAGUCCAGGAAAUUCAAAGCCUCUUACGACAGUUUAAACAUGUGGAAGCCCGCCUGACAUGGACGAAAGCCCAUGCAGGCCAUAUGGGAAAUGAGGCAGCAGACCUCCUUGCGAAAGACGCUGCCCUAAAUAAGGAAGCCGAGCAGCUAGCAUUACCGUGCCCACAUUCUACCUUAAAAAGAAUGCUCCAUCUGCAAGCACUCUCAAAGUGGCAGGCUGAGUGGAACAUUGCUGAGACCGGCAGACGUACUCAUUAUCAUCAUUAUCAUCUUUUGUAUGUUAAUCCAGCCAGGCUCUACUCUAACCCGCACCUGGUCCGUUAUGUUACAGGCCAUGGACCCUUCCCGGAAUACUUUGCCAGGCACAGCACGACUGACACAAACCAGUGCAGCUGCGGUACCUGGGUACUCCGGAGCAUUACGUCACGACCUGCUCUCUGA